AUGGAUCUUAGAUUAGUACACAUUCUGGGGUAUUUGGCAGGCCUCUUCUUUGCCUUAGAACCCUCAUAUAUCCACCCAGAUGAGCAUUUCCAGAGUCUGGAAAUUUUGGCGCAUAGAUUUUAUGGAUCCCACGGCACUGUACCGUGGGAAUUCGACGCUACUAACGCGGCACGCAGUUUUGGACCGCUUUACUUGGCUUACGGUCCAAUGUUUUACAUUUUUGGGAAGUUCGGUCACCAGCUGCCUCCCAUAACCCUGCUUUACCUCGUACGCUUGCAAAACUAUGUCGUCUUUACGUGCAUCUACAAAUUGGCACUCCAGUUCCUGCUUCGAUCGAAACUCGACCGUGCUAAAGCCACUUUUUACAUUUCCACUUCUUACGUGACAUGGACGUACCAGAGCCACUCAUUUUCCAACUCGCUCGAAACUUGCGCGUUGUUGAUAACACUAUCACUGUUCCAGGUCUUAAUUCUCGACGCAAGGGUUGCCCGUUACAACCACUACCGUACUUCUGCUCUCCUUGGCAUGGCUAUAGCUUUUGGUGUUUUCAACCGCAUCACGUUCAUCGGCUUCAUCGCCCUGCCAGCAAUACCCACUUUGCAGAAUUUUUAUCUGGGGCAUAUCAAAUCGUUCUUCAUUUGCGUCACUACUUUCAUAUUAUCGUGCUGUGCAUUCAUUUAUUUUGACACCAUUAUGUUCCAAUCGCCAGAUUGGUGCAUAGCGCCUUUAAACAACUUGCUGUACAAUCUAAAGAGCUCCAACCUGGCUCAACAUGGUGUUCAUCCUCGUUACACGCACCUUUUGAUUAACACCCCGCAAAUGUUGGGCCCGCUCAUGGUCUACUUCCUCUCCAAAAAACAGAGAAUGAAUCUGGCAAUGCUCUCGUGCAUUUCUGGCCUUGUCUUCCUCUCGGCAUUUCAGCACCAAGAGCUGCGGUUUUUAGUACCACUAAUGCCCUUGUUUUGUGCCUCCAUCAAUCUCUCCAAUUACAAUUCAGCAAAGCGAAAUAAGUAUAUCACCCGUAUCUGGCUUGUGUUCAACGUUGCUUUGGGCAUACUUAUGGGUUCUUUGCAUCAGAGGGGCGUUAUAACCGCCAUUGGUGAAAGUACUAAAAACAAUGCUAACAUUGGAGUUCAUCUAUGGUGGAAAACUUACUCUCCUCCAACUUGGUUGUAUUCAAAUCAGGAACUUGUGGUGUCUGUUCCAAACAUUCAAAAUGGAGAAGAGAGGCUCGACAACUUGAAUGUUCAAAUCGUUACCGACCACGUUGUAGACUUGAAAGGGUGUGAGUAUGACCUUUUCGAAAGUGCCGUCUACGGCUUUCUCCAGCACAAUGCUAGCAUCAGAGUCUUUGUUCCUAAAUCCACCGACAGCAUGUUUAAAAGAAUUGAGAUCAACAAUGCUACCAUGCAUAUUAACAAGACUUGGGACACUUACCUCAAUUUGGAUCUAAACCAUUUAGAUUUCACAGAUGCGUCCAGUCUGACACCUGGAUUAACGAUUUACGAUAUAAAUUUGAAAUAA